AUGAAUCAUGAUCUUAUUGUAACUCGUUCAAAAGCAAAUUCAAAUAUUGAUGAAUUUUUGUCUGAUAGUCUUGAUAGUUCAAGUAGCAAUAAUUUAACUGAAUUUGAACAAGAUCAAGAUAUUGAAAAUCUAGAUAAUUUGACAGAAUUUGAAUGA